UUUCUGAUCGGGCUCGAGAACGAUGUGGAACACGAAACUUUUGCUGAUUGUCGAAUGAUACGACUAUCGAAAGCACAGUCCCGUUACUAAAUCAUGCCACACCCCCUCUACGCUUUAGGCACGCUAGCCACCCUCCUCUGGACAAUCGAAUGCAACCACUACAUCCGCCACAAAUCCCACAAGAACAAAUUCCUCAACUUUGAUGAGGGCGAUCUAACGCCCCUCUACGAGAUCCCCCGAGCCUCUCUGUUGAUGGAAAACGACGAAAUCUCGUGGCCUGUGAAGAAGGAGGCUGUGGUGGAAGGCGACUUGAUCCUCGGUGGUCUCAUGAUGGUUCAUGAGAGAGAGGACACGGUGACCUGUGGACCGGUGAUGCCUCAGGGGGGGAUACAAGCGCUGGAAGCGAUGUUGUAUACUCUGGAUAGAAUCAAUUUGGGAAAGACCCCUCACUUGCCAGGUAUCAGGUUGGGAGCGCACAUUCUUGAUGACUGCGACAAGGACACUUAUGGACUCGAGAUGGCGGUGGAUUUCAUAAAAGGUUCGAUAAGCAAUAUUGAUGGAGCGGAAUUUCACUGCAACAAGACCCAAAAGCGGAAAGUAAUAUCUGGAGUCGUUGGAGCAGCAUCAAGCGUCACGUCUAUUCAAGUGGCUAAUCUAUUACGUCUUUUCAAGAUUCCGCAGGUCUCAUUUUUCUCCACUAGUCCGGAAUUGAGCAACAAACAACGUUUCGAAUUCUUCUCUAGAACGAUACCUUCAGAUCAUUAUCAAGUGAAGGCAAUGGUGGACAUCGUACGGAAGUUGGGUUGGAGCUAUGUGUCAGUCAUCUACGAAGAAUCUAACUACGGGAUAAAGGCUUUCGAAGAACUGGAGGAUCUUCUAGCCAAGUUCAAUAUAUGCAUAGCCAUCAAAGAAAAGUUGGUCAAAGAUUCUGGAGUGGCUAGGGAAUCAGCGUAUGAUAGCAUCGUGCAGAAACUUUAUACCAAACCGAGAGCGAGAGGCUGUAUAGUUUUUGGUUCCGAUCAAGAAGUCGCUGAAUUGAUGAAGGCUGUCCGCCGAUGCAACGCCACUGGCUACUUCUCCUGGAUAGGUUCAGACGGUUGGAGUGCCAGAUCGCUGGUAUCCGGAGGAAACGAAGAGCAAGUAGAGGGUACUCUAUCCGUUCAACCGCAAGCCAAAGAAGUCGAGGGAUUCAAGGAGUACUUCUUGUCGCUCAGAGUCGAGAACAAUAUCAGAAAUCCAUGGUUUGUUGAAUUUUGGGAACAUCAUUUCAACUGCAAAUACCCUAACAGUCCCAAGACACCUUACAACGUCAAACUGUCUAGAUUAUGCAAUGGGAACGAAACACUCACUCAGAAAAACACUGUAUUCGAAGAUCAGCUCCAGUUCGUUUCUGAUGCAGUGUUGGCAUUCGCUUAUGCUAUACGAGAUAUGCAUCAGGAUCGCUGUCAAGGAUAUCCAGGCCUCUGCGAUGCCAUGAAACCUACCAAUGGUACUGAGCUACUCAGGUAUUUACGGAGAGUUGAUUUUGAAGGUUUGAGUAGAGAUCGAUUCCACUUCGAUGAAAAUGGAGAUGGACCAGCACGAUACAACAUAAAACAUUUCAAACAAGUCUCUAAAGGAAAAUUUGAAUGGAUAACGGUUGGUGAAUAUUUGGAAGGACUACUCCAGCUCAACAUGUCCGCUGUUCAAUUCAAAAUGGGACAACCAAUACCUCCAGAAUCAGUGUGCAGUUUGCCAUGUCUCAUCGGUCAAGCAAAAAAGUACGUGGAAGGAGAAAGCUGCUGCUGGCACUGCUUCAAUUGCACCCAGUAUCAAAUUCGUCAUCCGACAGACCCAACACAAUGCGAAAAAUGUCCUCAGGGUACUAUUCCCGAUAAACACCACAUCGAAUGCAUCGACAUACCAGAAGAAUACCUCCAACCAGACAGCGGGUGGGCCAUUGGAGCCAUGGCUCUCAGUUCCAGCGGCAUCUUCGUCACUAAUUUCGUCCUAGGCGUUUUCAUCAAGUACAACGAGACACCAGUGGUGAGAGCGUCUGGCAGGGAACUCAGCUAUGUGCUUCUCAGUGGGAUUCUGAUGUGCUAUAGCAUGACUUUCGCGUUGAUGUUGAAGCCCAGCGACGUAUUUUGUGGCAUUCAAAGAUUUGGCGCUGGCUUCUGUUUCACCGUCGUGUAUGCAGCACUAUUCACCAAAACGAAUCGGAUCUCAAGAAUUUUUGACGCCAGCAAACACACUGCGAAACGCCCAAACUUCAUUUCGCCACGUUCUCAACUUGCUAUAUGCACAGGACUCGUUGGAAUUCAGGUAUUGAUCAAUGGUGUUUGGAUGAUUAUCUCCCCACCAAGGGCGAUUCACCACUAUCCUACGCGAGAAGAUAAUUUGCUGGUUUGUUCUUCAUACAUCGAUGCUUCUUAUAUGAUAGCAUUCACCUAUCCGAUAUUCCUCAUAGUCGUUUGCACCGUAUAUGCCGUGCUAACGAGAAAGAUUCCAGAAGCUUUCAAUGAGUCAAAGCAUAUCGGUUUUACAAUGUAUACGACUUGUGUUAUCUGGCUGGCAUUCGUCCCGCUAUAUUUCGGAACAGCAAACAAUGUAGCUUUGAGGAUUACCAGCAUGUCUGUAACCAUAAGCUUAUCAGCCAGUGUAACAGUUGCCUGUCUUUUCUCGCCUAAGUUAUACAUCAUCUUGAUACGGCCGGAGAGAAACAUCAGGCAGAGCAUGAUGCCGAUGAGAUGCAGCGCAAUCAACAAAAACUCAACCAAUACAGGAACCGGAAGUAUGAUGGCAGCUGUCAUGGUGACUGCUGCCACUUGUGAUCAGAAACAGAACGUAGAUAAACAUGUUUCGCCGAUAGAAGAAGGAGAAAACGAUAUAUUCCAUCAGAAGAAUGAUGCCAAGAAAGACAACAGUACACAAACUCCAGAUACGUCGAAUGAGGUUUUGAAUGAUACUUGCAAAAUCAACAAUAACCAUAAUAUCGGAAAUGGACCCACAAACUUUUCACAGUCUGCUAUAUUCAAAGAUCGAACGUUAUAGCAAUCGAACAGUCUGUCUUUCACCAUGCUCAGAAAACCUAUUCAAGUGUAGAGAUAUAUUUUGUACAUAUCAAUGAAUUAAAAAUAUCAAGUAUUCAAUGUAUUCGUGAAGAAUUAUGUUAAGUGUAUGUCCACCUGUGAGCAAAAUUGAUGAUUUCAUUUACUCUUCCAAAAUAACACCUUCACAUAUACCAAAUAAAACUUUGAAGAAUACGGAAUUUAUUCAAGAAAAAUAUUGUGCUGAUUCAAGAUGAGAACCUCUACAGAUUCAAAGUAAAAUCAUCGAUUUUGAUUUCUGAGCACUAUGUAAAUAACUGAAUAAACUAUAUUUUUCACAUUGAUCAUUUCAUUUCAUGUGAAUGUUCCUACAACCCACAUGACUAU